GUUUCAUAACUCAUCCUUCUUUAAUCAAUUUUCAUAGCUCAUUCAGUGAUAGUAAUCUCUGCUAUCACAAUGGCCCUCAGCUAUGUUUCUUUCAUGUCUUUUGUUUUCAUGGCCUUAGUGGCUAUUUCUUCGGCUAGUGAUUCUUACUCUUCGUACACCCCAUCACCAGUGUACAAAUCACCUGUGUACACACCAUCGCCAGUGUACAAGUCUCCAUCAUACACUCCAUCCCCAGUCUAUAAGUCACCGGUUUAUACUCCGUCUCCCGUAUACAAAUCACCAAUAUACACUCCUUCUCCCAUUUACAAGUCACCAGUAUACACUCCUUCGCCAGUAUACAAGUCACCUGUGUAUACUCCUUCUCCCGUUUAUAAGUCACCUGUCUACACUCCAUCCCCUGUAUACAAAUCACCAGUUUACACUCCUUCUCCAGUUUACAAGUCACCCGUUUAUACUCCGUCCCCUGUGUAUAAAUCACCAGUAUACACUCCUUCGCCCGUUUACAAAUCCCCAGUUUACACUCCAUCCCCUGUAUACAAAUCACCAAAAUACACUCCUUCCCCUAUAUACACGCCCUCCCCUGUGUAUAAAUCUCCAGUAUACACUCCAUCUCCCGUUUACAAGUCCCCAGUAUACAAGUCACCUGUUUACACUCCAUCUCCCGUAUAUAAAUCACCAAUAUAUACUCCUUCUCCGGUUUACAAGUCCCCGAUAUACAAGUCACCUGUUUACACUCCAUCUCCCGUAUACAAAUCACCGGUGUACACUCCUUCUCCAGUUUACAAGUCCCCCACGUACAAGUCACCUGUUUACACUCCAUCUCCCGUAUACAAAUCACCGGUGUACACUCCUUCUCCCGUUUACAAGUCCCCAGUUUACACUCCUUCCCCCGUCUACAAAUCACCAGUCUACACCCCUUCGCCCGUUUAUAAGUCACCAAAAUACACUCCAUCACCUGUUUACAAGUCUCCUGUGUAUACACCAUCACCGGUUCACAAAACCCCAGUUUACUCCCCAUCCCCCGUCUACAAAUCCCCUGCAUACACACCAAGUCCUCCUCCAUAUGGCUACUGAAGAAAACAAAUGACUAAGUUUUAAUGUUUUGUUAUGCAUUUGAUUUUAUCGAAAGGAUUAUAUGUGUUUAAAUUUACUCCAAAUGAGGGUUCUAUUGGGUGAAGUUGUUGUUCUUAUAUGUUACCUUGAAUUACUUUGGAUUCAAUAAAAUAAUACAAGCAUCGAAAGUCCAGAGUUAUUCUUUUGUUUAA